AUGGCAUUAAUGGUCUCUGCUUUAUGUCGAACAACAGCAUUAAGUGUUACAGUUUUACCAAUGGUACUUGAAGUAGCACGUCUAUUUGGUGGUUUCUUCAUAGCACCAUCACGUGUACCAAUAUAUUUGUGUUAUAUUGAUGCUUUAUCUUAUAUAAAAUAUGCAUUUGUCGGUACUGCUUUAAAUGAAUUAAAUGGUUUGAACUUAACUUGUGAGGGAGUAAAAACAACGAUUGUAAAUGCAACAUACAAUAUAACAGCAGCAUGUAUACACAGUGGUGAAGAGUUAAUCAUAGAACGUGGAUAUAAUUAUAUUUCUAUUGGUGGUUGUAUUGGUGUUUUAUUAGCUUUUAUAAUUUUUUGUCGUACUAUGGCUUUUAUUGGUAUACGAUUUCUUAAACAUUAG